UACGAGCGCGCGAUUUUUCUUUCUGCAGUUAGAAGAGGCCAGUCGGCACUCGAAAUCCUACACUUCAGACUUCACAAAGAUGUUUCUACUCAUCGAAUUUACAGAAACAAAAACUGUCAACAUUAUAUCCGAGUCGUGGUUUGAGGAUGGUGUCACUUGGUGGCCAAAUUAUAAAAGUGAUGAACGCAUAAAUAGAGCUAUCCAAAAAUGUGAAGAGCCAGGAGAAGACUGGAAAAAGUUUGAUGUCCGAGUCCUCUCAAGAACUGGUGAUUACCUUAAAGCAAGAGACAAACUGAGGGCCUCACUGACCUGUAAUACCUCUGAGUUACAAACAGAUGAUGAGGAAGAAGUCAUUAGGAAGAGAAAAAUUAAGCCAAGGCAAAUCUUUGGUGAUACAGAUUCUGACAGUGAGCCAGAGGGUGGUAUAAAGAGGAGAUACCACAAUCUCUCCACUUGUCUACCGCCACCUAUUCCUCCACCUACUCCUGACAUACCAUCAACUGAAACCUGCCAGACUUCCAUUAGACCUCUGCCAGAUCUGAGGCAGACUGAAUAUUCUUCUUUCACUGCAGCACCACCUGUCCACUUUAAUGCAGCUGGAAUGCCUUCCAGUCCGCUACGCCACUGCUCUGUUGGAUAUGUCCCCAAUCUGAUGCCUCUUGAAGAUGGAUAUUAUACAGUGCCUCCAGUUGCUACACCUACCUCUGACAGGCCAUCCAGCUCUAUGGGCCACAUCUCUAACAGCUAUUCACUUAAAAAAAUCUAA